AUGGGUCUACUCGCAGGCGUACAGGCCUCUCGUGCUGCCCAAGCCCCGCUAGUGGACAGCGUCGAGUGGGACGUCGAGCCGGACAUCGACGCGACGGGCCGCUUCGUCUUCAACUCGGUGAGCUCGCUCAUGCAGCUGUGGCCAAACACGGUCGUCAGACCAGGUCACUCCAUCGUCCCAUGCCUCAUACCCACCGGAACGGUCCUAUACCACGGUCGAUCGUCCUCAUCAAUUCCCGACGCACCCGACUGGAUAGCCUUCGACUUUGAACAUUCGUACUUUUUCACGCGCGGCGACGAGGGACAUGUCUUUACUUUUUCGACUACACGUCCUCUGAAGCUACUGUACUUCGACGGCUCGAGCGCGGCGAAAGUUGACGACGGGUCGUUGGACUCGCAGGACGUGCUGUUAUAUGGAGAAGCCGGUGGAGGGGUGGAUGGGGACGCGGAGAGGAUCGUGAAGUUGUGCGAGUGGGGGAGGCCACGCGGGAUAGAUGGAUUCGUUAGGAUGGAGGCUCAUUUCGAGGUCAUGCAGUGCAACUUUACCGACGGCCUCAAACUUCUCUCGACGCAUAAAGUCUUGCCUCACAUCGAGAGUCCUAAUCUACGAAACCCUGCCCUUGGCAACCUCACCGGCACUCACGGACAUGCUCAACAAUAUCAUCUAGAACCACCUCAUCGCGUUCCUCGUCCACCACCCGGCUGGCGCGGCUCUCUACCCACCGACAUCGCAGGCGAGAUCUAUGUCGUCGGCAAAUGGCACGACUUUGCACCGGGCGAAACGCGCGUCAAACUCCUCUACCACAAGCUCGUCUCAUUCUACGACCCAGCCAUCUCAAGUCUCAUCGCUGCUCGCCGCGGCAAACCCCGAGAGCACCAUCGGCUGAAAGGCAUCUCGCGCACGGAUGCGGCAACCAAGAUCAAAGAAAUUGAGGAGAUGGUCGGAUCGGAUUGGAACGAUGUUGGGAGGAGCGGAGUGGAUUGGGCUAGUACCACGCACGUUGUCGUCGAGCGAUACGCGCAGCGCUUGGAGGUGCUCGCGCACACUCUUAGGCCCGCGCCAUACUCUGACAUUCGCGAGAGAGCAGCCAAGGCCCACGCUCAGGUCCUCACCAUGCUCGCAUCCCACUUCACCGUAUCGGACGUGCCCGAGGACGAUAGCGCAGCUACGAGCAAAGCGUGGCUCGCGCCCGUCGUCCGACGCUGCGCCUCUACGCAUACAGCCGGAAUCCCUACCGCCUUGCUCACGCCACAAGAACGUCUUAUACAUGGUGCGAUUGAGGACGUGAUGCGGGAGAUAUGUCGUAGACUGGGCCGAAUGUUCCACGCCGCAUUCACCGUCGAGGACCCUGACAUCCCCGAAGAGGACGUAUAUGCCGUCGUGGAUAGUAUGAAGACGGAGGUGGACGCGCUUAUGGAGUGGCUCGAUUGGACACAGGCGUGGGUCAAGUGCAACCCGGGGUGCGACAUGGAGGAGAUGUGUUAUGUGCCGACUUGGCCGUUUGGGCCGGACGAGGAUCCGGAGGGGACGAGGAGGCCGAGUUGUAUUUGGUCGUGCUAUGUCACCGUCGUUUUGCCCCAAGUGCGCGAUCUCUUACGGAUCUAG